AUGCUCAAAAUAUUGUUGUAUUACCUGGCCAAAAUGGCUGACGCUUCGUCUACGAGGCGUGCGAGCAAAAUUCCCCAAAGUUUAUAUGAUCUGUGUUUGACCAAUUUAGUGAACUAUUUGCAGAAAUCUAAGUGCGACAGAAAUGAGUUACGUUCAAUACCGGAUGUUAUUGUUAUGGAUGUUUACUAUAAGAUGCUACAAGAGAAGCGGCUAUGCAUCCUCGCCGCGGAGCUAUCAGAGCUGGACAUCUUCGAGCGGCUGCUGUUCUACGCGGAUUCGCAGCUGAGGUUGCUGCAGUGUUUCCAGGCGGUGAUUGAACAUGGUUCAAACUGGCUGUCAACGGAACUGGCUACGGCUUACCUGUCCAGAUGUGAGGCGAACAAGGGCUCUCGGGACCCGCUCAUACAGCUAGGAUUAAGGCUAGGAGGUUUCCUGAACGAGGCGGGGUGGUACGCGGACGCGCAACGUGUGCUGCUGCAAUGCCGCGAACUGUGCCAGGCUCAGCCACAGACCACAUAUUACAAACGGCUCACACUCGAGUGUUGCCAUAGGUUACUAAACACACAGUCGGCGUACUGCUGCUUUCCUGCCGCCGCGGAGACGUACGCGCUCUCGCUGCGGCUUUUAGGGCUCCAGCCGCACUCCCGUGGCGAGUCGCUCCGGGGCGCGCUCGCAGUCGGGGACACUUGCGACAAGGCGCUCCAAACAGACUGUGACGAUUCGCACCGGUCAGUAACACACUCAAAUCUUGUCGCGUGCGGGUGCGGGGCGCGGCGCGGGUGGGGGGCGGGCGCGCUGGCGGCGCGGCUGUGCAAGGAGUUCAGCGCGCUGUUCUUCGUGCGCUGCGACUACGGCGCCGCGCACGCCUGGAGCAUGCGCGCACUGGCGCUGCUCGACGACUGGACGCCGCCCAAGAUCACUGUGGAGGUGCUGCGCGCGUGCGGCAAGGCGUGCGUGGUGAAGCGUCGCUUCGGGCCGGCCGGGCUGCUGGUGCGGCAGGCGGUGGCGCUGGCGCGGGCGCACUUCGGGCCGCACCACCCGCGGUACGCGGCCGCGCUGCUCGACUACGGCUUCUAUCUCCUCAACAUCGACUCCAUCACGCACAGCGUCGCCGUCUACGAGGAGGCGCUGGGUACGUUGCGGCGCGUGUUCGGCCGCAGCAGCCUGCACGUGGCGACGGCGCAGGAGGACCUCGCGUACGCUCUGUACGUGCUGGAGUACUCCUCGGGGCUGUUCUACAAGGCGCGGGAACACGCCGAGCGGGCCAUACGCAUUAUAGAGAAUCUGGUACCACCCGACCACCUGCUGCUCGCGUCCGCUAAACGGGUGAAGGCACUAAUAUUAGAAGAAAUAGCGCUGGACACACCGGGGGGACAGGAAAACAGUGAACCAAGUCUACUGGAGGAAUCAGAGUCGCUGCACAAGGCUGCACUGGCUUUAUCCAUGAUGGCCUUUGGAGAGAAGAAUGUCCAGACUGCGAAGCACUACGGGAACCUCGGCAGACUGUACCAAAGCAUGCAGAAGUUCCAGGACGCGGAGGCAAUGCACUUAAAAGCGAUAGCGAUAAAAGAAGAGUUGCUGGGCGCGGAGGACUACGAGGUAGGACUGAGUGUGGGACACCUCGCCUCGCUCUACAACUAUCACAUGAACAUGCACGUGGCCGCUGAAAAACUGUACCUCAGAUCCAUAGCUAUUAGUCUGAAACUGUUCGGCGAGCGGUACUCCGGUCUGGAGUACGACUACCGCGGACUGGUGCACGUGUUCACCAAACUGAAGCGGCACGAGAGCGCCGCACACUACGACCGCCUCCUACAGCACUGGCACGCGUUACGAGAAGAGUCUAAAGCUGAACAGCAGCCAGCGUUGGGUUCGGAGCAGGUGAUGCCGCUGGCGGAGCUGCAGGCGAGACUGUUCGCACCCAACGACUGAGGAACAGCUCGCAACCUCAGGGUCCACGCUGCGCACCCCGGGCUACGUCUCCACAACCACACCCCCGCGUACCCACGGAGGUAAAGUGUAUACGUGCAUCACAAACUAUUUAAAAGUGUAAUUAGUGUGAGAAAGUGGCGUCGUAUAUUUUUUUUAUCGUCUCUCGGAAAUGUAAAUCGUGUAUCCAUAAGGUGUUGAUAUCAAAAGUGGACUGUACCGAUCGACAAGAGCCUAGGGUCUAUAUAUGGGCAUGAUAAUAUGAAUAUUUUUGUAGAAAAAGCGGCGGGAAAAAAUGGCAAGUGGUCAAUGAGGCAAAUGUCAAAGUAGUGAGAUGUAGUUUUGAUGUGAUGUACAGAAAUAAUUCAAUAUUGAUUAUGAAUAUGUAAUUGCAGAUUGAUUACAGUGAGUGUGAUUUAAAUAAUUAUAAUAAUGUAAUUGAAAUAUCCCAUGUAAAUUAGAAUUUUAUUAGUAAUGAAAGAAUUUGAAUAGCGCACAAAAUAACAAAUGAGACGCUAGCUGCUGGAUAAUGGUUAACGAUAUUGAAAUAUAUAAAUAAUAGAAGGUGAACAGACUUUAAAUAUAUUGGUGCAUAUUAAGUGUAAUAAUAGAUAUUAUGUUUCCUAAAUACAAACUUUUUUUUUUAUAUUUUAACCUUUCGAAUGUACGUCGUCUGUCGCAGCGACCGAAAGAGAAUAUCAGAAUGCGCGCCCCAGUUGUAUUUUU